GGGGAGGAGGUGUGGGCUUCGGCCGGGGCCCGCAGGUGCUAGCCGGGAGUCGAAGCACCUAGGACAAAACACUCCUGACCCCUGGUUGGAGUCAGGGCAUUAGGGGUAGCGGCCAAGAUGCAUGAAGUCACCCCUGAGCUUAGGCAUUGGAAGACGUGCUCGCAAAGCCUGAGAUGUGGUCAUGCCAGCCAAACUUCUCCAAACCCUGGCCUCUUUACACAGUGCAUCAUCCAAGGCACGUCAGUGCAAGAGACUUUCUCAGCUUCCUUUAAAACCGCUUACGGAAUCUGAACGUACAGCAUGCCGCAACACCCUGAAAAUACAGCGACAUUUAGGUUCAUUCUUUCCUAGUGUACCAGCUGACAGUUUAAACAAGCCAAAGAUCCUGGAAAUAAGCCGGAUGAUCUCAAACGCAGGCAGACCCUUUCCCUUAACCGCUGUCCAUUGUCGGGAUGGAAAAGCACACCUACCAACCAUGCGCCCCUUUGGGACUCCCAGGAUAGAGACCCAUAAACCAGAUCUCUUAUGUUCUAAGUGGUUUAUAAAAACAGUGAAAAGGCAUUACUCUAUAUCAACUGAAACACUUGUUCCAAAACAAGACCUUCCACAGAUCAAGAGGCCCCUGAAGGCAUCCCGGACGCGUCAGCCAUCCAGGACCAACCUGCCAGACCUAUCUGUGAAUGAGGACCUGAUGCAGUGCACAGCGUUUGCAACAGCAGAUGAGUAUCACCUGGGAAGCCUGUCGCAAGAGCUGGCCUCCUGUGGCUAUGUGGAAGUGACGAGCCUGCCCAGAGAUGCAGCAAACAUUUUGGUGAUGGGUGUGGAGAACGCUGCAAAGGAAGGUGAUCCCGGAACAAUAUUCCUGUUCAGGGAAGGAGCUACUGUGUUCUGGAAUGUAAAAGACAAAACUGUGAAGCACGUGAUGCAAGUUCUGGAGAGACACGAAACCCAGCCCUACGAAGUGGCUCUGGUUCACUGGGAGAAUGAGGAGCUCAACUACGUGAAAACAGAGGGACAGUCUAAACUGCACAGAGGGGAAAUCAAGUUAAACUCGGAGCUGGAUAUAGAUGACUCCAUUCUAGAAAAAUUUGCUUUCUCCAAUGCUCUGUGCCUCUCAGUGAAACUGGCUAUUUGGGAAGCAACGCUGGACAAAUUUAUUGAGUCUAUUCAGUCAAUUCCAGAGGCACUAAAAGCUGGGAAGAAGGUCAGACUGUCUCAUAAAGAAGUUAUGCAGAAAAUGGGUGAGCUCUUUGCCCUCAGGCACCGUAUAAACUUGAGUUCAGAUUUCUUGAUGACUCCUGACUUCUACUGGGACAGAGCAAACCUGGAGGAGCUUUAUGAUAAGACCUGCCAAUUUCUCAGCAUCACUCGAAGAGUUAAGGUCAUGAAUGAAAAACUUCAACACUGCAUGGAACUAACAGACCUAAUGCGGAAUCACCUGAAUGAGAAGAGGGCACUCCGCCUGGAGUGGAUGAUCGUCAUCCUCAUCACCAUCGAGGUAAUGUUUGAGCUGGGAAGAGUGUUUUUCUGAUCUUGUGAAAAUGAGAAGAAUAUUACUGGAAGAGAUAAUUCAAGUUCUGCAACUGAAAAAAAAUCAGCAUUCACUUCUGGUGAAUUCUUAGGCAAUAGGUAUUUAAACCUUUAAAUCAACAGUCAGUGGGCAUGGGACACACACCUGUAAUCCCAGCACUCUGAAAGCUGAAGCAGGAAGAUGCGUUCCAGCCUAGCCUUGCACUGCACAGGAAACCCAGCUGAGAGGGGAGCCGACUGUGGUGUCGCACACCAAUCUCAGCACUUGGAAAGCAGAGGCAGAGGACUGUCCAAAGUUUGAAGCCAACUGUAACACAGCAGGACUCUGUCUCAAAAUAAAACAAUGUCAUAAUGACCUUUUGCAGCUCUUAAGUAUAUUGUUGCCCAAAUAAAAAUUAUGAAUAUGAUGUUUGGGUCAACAUACUGAAAGUUCAAAAGGAAACUGUUUCAUCAGUUUUAGUGGCCUAAUUUGACUGUUCAUAGGCACACUGCAUCUCAAUAAUCAACCCUUUGUCCUGUAACAUCAAGAAAGCCAAUCUUCCUACAGAUACACUUUAUUAUGUGCAUGACUCAAUGCACUAACCACACCACAAACACAUAAAAUUAAAAAAAAAAACUUGGAAGAUACUUUACCUUCAUGGCCUUUUCAGGCAUAGCUGCCCUCCCCCUUUCUAGUCUACCAAGAUCACACUUUUCACACAUGUGUGUUCACCCAGUAUUACUUUGCACUACAAUGGAAUGUUCAUUUGUUCCUUGGUUAACUGUGUACCCAGACAACACAAGUUCACUGGUACCUUGCUGAUAGUGUCUGCUACCACUGCUGAGUACCUGGCCUUUCUGUUGGGCACACUGCAAAGAUGUAGGAGCUGUGUCCCAGCUGAGAUCCGUCUGUACCCAAUGGUACUCAAAAGUUUUCCAAGGAGCAGGUAGCAUGGAGAGUUCAUAAACUAGCUGUCACGAGCCUGCCAUGACUUCACAAACAGUAGCAUCUCUCAGCCACGCCGGUUGGUCUGCUUCUUAAACCACACGAAAGACAAUUAAACUGGUGAGUAUAGCCUUUUUGAGCCAAGGUCAUUAAGAUUACCUCUGUUAAGAGAUGCCAUGUCUGGGCUGGAGAGAUGACUCAGAGGUUGAGAGCACUGACUGCUCUUCCAGAGGAACUGAGUUCAAUUCCCAGCAAUCACAUGGUGGCUCACAACCAUCUAUCAUGAAAUCUGAUGCCCUCUUCUGGCAUGCAGAACGUUGUAUACAUACAUAAUAAAUAAAUACAUCUUUUAAAAAAAAAAAAGAGAGAUGCCAUGUCUAAAAAUGUUAACAAAUUUGACAAGUGCAAUUAAUUACCUAAACAGGAAAUUGUAACAAUUUCAAUACACUAGUAAAACUAUGUUGCCGGAUAGCUCUGACAAAAUUUAACAUUUAUAAAUGUUGCACAAAACAAAAACAGAUUCUUCACAAAUAUUUAUUGGAUAAAGUUUUAGGGGGAAAAUGCAAUACAAAAGCAGUAGCCAAAGAAAGGAAUAAUGCAGAUUUGAAUAGUUUUCCUGUAUUUCAAUGGAUCAUGGUGGACACUUAUUGAGGUAUUACAUUCCAUUGUCAUGUCUUGUCCCAAUGUUGCACUUGGCAACCACACAGCACUGUAUACCUAUGCCAAUGGUCACUCUUCAUCCAGUUCAGCAGCAUUACAAAUUCUUAUAUAUUACUCUCAACUCCAAGAUACCAUGGAGCAGCUAAGAGCCGCCCCUGCUCUGCAAAGCUUACUGGCAUUGAAGGCAGGAGGAAACCACUGUCAUCUGCUUUAGGGACAGGUACUCAAAGUUGACUGGACAGCCUUAGAUGUCACCAUUUGAAUUUUAAAACAACUUGGAACAGGAGAGAUUUAAAUGUUGCUAGAGUUUUCCUGCCUGACCCACAGUCAGGACAAAUCUCUCUCACCCGCCAGUUCCACAGCCACUCAGACCCGACCAAGUAAACACAGAGACUUACAUUGGUUACAAACUGUAUGGCCGUGGCAGACUUCUUGUUAACUGUUCUUACAGCUUAAAUUAAUCCAUUUCUAUUAAUCUAUACCUUGCCACGUGACUUGUGGCUUACCGGUACUUUACAUCUUCCUUGUCCUGAUGGCGGCUGGCAGUGUCUCCUCACUCAGCCUUCCACUUCCCAGCUCUAUUCUCCUUGUCCCGCCUAUACUUCCUGCCUGGCCACGGGCCAAUCAGUGAUUUAUUUAUUGACCAAUCAGCAACACAUUUGACAUACAGACCAUCCCACAGUAUUUAAAACUUUUAACUUUGCUUCCAUACAAGAGACUUGGGAUUUGCUUAUACAGUAACCAUGUUUUUAAUAUUGGGCUGGCUGGUGUUUAUCAACUAAAGGCUUCUAGAGGACACAAACUAAGAAAAACUAGCCAAGUGCUUCCAUUCAGAUCUACCACUCCUGCCCUAGGGCUGAUCUUGAACUAAAGCCAUGUGUGCUGGUUCUGGUCACCCAGAGCUUUACUUCUAGGCACCACAGGUCAAUCAGGCACCUGGCGGCUCCUGUUUAAGCUUGUUAGAAUCCUCUAACAAUCCCUUUGGGACCCUCUUUGCAUAGCAUGACCCACCAUCCUGGGUCUUCCUGAAAGUGAACGUUUCCCAGAGCAGCCACUUUCUGACCGAGAGUGUGCAAGUCUGGCAAGAAUUGACCGACCCAUCUUCAGACCUCCUCUUAGGCAUCUGAUGCUGGGUGGAAAGCUACCUUUCAUCUCACAGCUGUGUUGCAGUGCUAUGAAGCCACAACUGUGCUGCCUCUUCUGCCAUCAGGGGCUGUUGUCACAAAAACAUCAGCCAGAGGAAGUUUCAUCUCAAUUUACUGUGGUGCUCAAAACCACCCCCCC